CUGGCAACCCGGUUUUGUAGCGCCCGCGUGUAAAAGAGAAGCGCAGAACAGACAAGGAGACAAGACGCGCGCGCUUAUGCUGAAAGCAGACCCCAGCUCAUGCUGCACAGCACAGUGAGGUAGACUGCAGCAUAUCUUCUAAAGCACUGGAGAACAUCGAUCCAGAACCAGUUUCCUAUUUAAGGUCCCUAAAGGAUGGACAAGAGUCUUCUCCCUGGACCCACAGAUAUAAUCAUGGCGAGCCCUCCCAAUUCGUUCCAGCAAGAAGCUCUCACUCCACCCAGGUCCAACCACUCGUCUUCCCUUAAACCCAACCAGGUGGGUCAGGUCAUCUUGUAUGGAGUGCCCAUCGUCUCUCUGGUCAUCGACAACCAGGAACGCCUCUGUCUGGCCCAAAUCUCCAACACUUUGUUAAAGAACUACAGCUACAAUGAGAUCCACAACCGGCGAGUAGCCCUGGGCAUCACAUGUGUGCAGUGCACCCCAGUACAGCUGGAGAUCCUGAGGCGGGCCGGCGCUAUGCCUAUCUCAUCCCGUCGCUGUGGCAUGAUCACUAAGCGCGAGGCUGAGCGACUCUGCAAGUCGUUUCUCGGUGAGAACUCGCCUCCCAAGCUGCCCGAUAACUUUGCGUUUGAUGUGACACAUGAAUGCGCAUGGGGUUGUCGUGGCAAUUUUAUUCCUGCUCGUUACAACAGCUCAAGGGCCAAGUGCAUCAAGUGUUCCUACUGCAACAUGUACUUCUCCCCCAACAAAUUCAUCUUUCACUCACACCGCAUGCCCGAGGCCAAGUACACCCAGCCUGAUGCUGCCAACUUCAACUCCUGGCGUCGGCACCUCAAGCUGUCAGACAAGACACCGGCAGAUGAUCUGGUGUUCGCCUGGGAGGAUGUGAAAGCCAUGUUCAAUGGGGGCAGCCGCAAGCGGGCACUACCUCCCUCCCACUGCUCCCCCAUGGACUCAGUGAAGGCUGUCACCUCAGUGCUGCCCCACAUGAUAUCAUCUGAUCUGACACAGAAAAGGGGCAGGUAUGAUGAGGAUGAGGACCUGGAUGCCAGCAGCCUCUCUCCUCACAAGAACCCGCGUAGUUACCCAGUCAUUCCUGUGCCCAGCAAAGGCUUUGGCAUGCUGCAGAAAUUUCCACCCACUUCGCUCUUUCCCAGCCCCUACACCUUCCCUGCAUUUGGUUUGUGUCAGCAGAAGAAGGAUGACAGCGAAGCUGUAAACGGGCAAAAAAAUAGUGCUAUCUCGGGCCUGCUUUGGCCAGGGCGUAAGGACACCUUUUAUCCACCUUUUUGCAUGUUCUGGCCCCCAAGAGCUGCAGGGGGCAUUCCAGUACCCACAUAUCUUCAGCCCCAGCCCAAUGCACUUUCCACUCUCACAGAAACACCCUUGCUUCGUCAGGGCUUUCUUGACCUGAGCGAGCAAAGCGACGCUGCCACAGGAGCUGGAACUGGUGCUGCCAUAGGCACCAAUCCCAGAGCAGGCUUGUUCGAAAGUGACUGCCCGCCAACCAUGCCCCCUGACCUGAGACCUGCCCAGGAAGGCUGGCUCAAACUUCUAGAUGCUCCAUCUCUGCAAGCACGCAAAGCCAGCUACCACUCUGCGUUCCGGCCGGUGGUAAAGGACACCGAAAGCAUCGCCAAGCUACAUGGCAACCUGGAGGAGUUUGGUGCAGAGAGGCAUCUCUCACCUGGAACAAGCUGCAGCUACCAGAGUGAGAGCGCGGAGAGUGACGAGGAACAGGAAGUGGAUGUGGAGACCAAGCAGGAUGAAGAGCAAGAAGAAUUCAGCAGCCGUGCAGCAUCACAACAGCAGCCCUGCAGUCUACAUGUUUCACGACUCACUGAAGUCACCAUAGGCGACCGAGAUAAAGACGCACCUUCCUUCUCCACCAUCCCCCCUGAAAGCUCAACAGAGGACAAACCAAGCUUGGCCGUCAGUCCACCCACAUCUCUCAAAGACCCCAGCCCCGUUCAUGCCUCAGUGGAGGAUACUGCUGCCUACAAAAAUUCGCACAAGGGCAGAGAUGAUGGCCUACCGGCUUAUGCAGCAAAAGACAAAACAUCACGAGCAGAAGAAAGCAAAGAACAGAAUACUUUUUUUAUCCCGGAGACAGAAGCGUCUGCACCAGAUUACUGGCGAGAAAGCACAGCAGAACAAAGUCAAGAAGCUCACACGCCUGCAUCACUAAAGAAGGACGUUGAAAACAUGGAGAAAGAGGAACUCCAAAAAGUUCUGCUCGAGCAGAUCGACUUACGGAGAAGACUCGAGCAGGAGUUUCACGCCCUCAAAGGCAGCUCACCGUUUCCCGUUUUCCACAACUUUCAAGACCAAAUGAAAAGGGAACUGGCGUACAGAGAGGAGAUGGUACAGCAGCUACAGAUGAUUCCCUAUGCAAACAUUAUCAGAAAGGACAAAGUUGGUACACACCUGAACAAAAGCUAAGAUGGUUUGGCCAUGCUGUAUUACAUACGGACGUUACAGGCUGCUCUCCAAAUCCUUUGAAACACACUGUUUGGAUUUUUCUGGACAAACCUAAUAAUGCAAAAGCGAAUCCUUGUUAAGGACCACAGCACUCAUCGUCUGCUUAUGGACAUGUCCUUGAACAAACCGAUGGCUAACUGAACAAAAUUUAUAAUGCAAAUAAUUUUAAACUUCAGCACUAGUGUUUUAUCAUUCCCCAGUCACUUUCUGUACAGUGAUCUCAUUUUGUG